AUGAGGUGUCAGCAGCGGCUUAUUACUUCCCACAUAUGUGCUGCGUGCACUCGGACCCAACGACUAAGGACUCCUCUGGUUCAUGACUCCUGUGUCAUCCCAACAAGGCGCUUCUUCAGCCUACCCAGAGCCCACUCGCAACAUGAACAUGCUCCAAACGACACAAGGACCGGACAAGAAAAGCAAAAUGGAACUCCUAGUUCAGCGGAAGAGGGUGCCAUGUCCAGAAGAUUAUCUGAAAUGGCUGACGAAGCAAUGCUAGAGGGUGGUAAAUCUGUACGCAAGAACUUGCAAGAAGCAAGCUUCUCGGAAGACCUGAAGAAAAAACUGGAAGAGAGGAUCGCAGAAAGCACUUUUCGAAGUGAGAACGCUGCAGCAUUUUCUCUUGCGAAUAUGCCGGCCAAUGCCAGUAGAGAAACCCAAGAUAUUGCCACCGCAACUCCAUGGACGGGAACCGAAUCCAUUCACGACGUCUCUCUCCGUAUGCUAAACGAUGCAAGCAAGCCAAUGCGCGUCCCCUUUAAACCACCCCAACCCGGUCCAAAGAACCUACAGCUCACUCUCAAAAAUUCCCGGUCACAGUCACCAGCUGAACGACUGGCGGCUGCCCGUGACGGCACGUCAACUUAUGCCCUAAGCCAAAAUGCCAACAUGUCUGAUCAGGAACGCGAAGCUAUUCGCAGAGAGCUGCAGGAGCGAUUUACGCCUGUGGCUCGUGCAAUUACUCCGCAGGGACUCAGCUCGCUUGCCAACGAGCGAAUCGAAGACGCUAUUGCCCGCGGCCAGUUCAGGAAUAUCAAACGCGGCAAGGGUAUUAAUAUCGAGCGUGAUCAUAAUGCUAGCAGCCCAUAUAUCGACACGACGGAAUAUCUGCUGAAUAAGAUAAUUCAGAAACAGGACAUUACGCCGCCUUGGAUUGAGAAGCAGCAGGAAUUGGCGAAGGAGGUCGAGCGGUUUCGGAGACGGCUACGUAGUGACUGGAAAGGGCAUGCUGUACGAUUGAUUGUAAGCCAUGGUGGCUCCCUGGAUGCUCAGAUGCGGCGAGCGAGAGCUUAUGCUGUUGCGGAAUCACGACUGGGCAAUACUGGCAUGAAUGGAAGUGAAGAUGAUGCGUCUUCUAAGGUCUUGGGUACCGAAAUUGAGUACAUGUCUCAAAUUAGUCUGGACGGGAGAUUAUGUGGUACUCCUUACUCGCAAUCUCGACCCAAAUCGGCCCAAGAAUUAUCCCAUCCCAGACAUGCAACAACAGUAAAAACCGUGACAAACUGCUCCCAACCCAAUCCUAAUGACUCCAUCAAUACUCAUUCAGAACCUCUCCCAAGUGUCGCGCCGCUCCGGGAUCCUGAAUAUCUAAAAACCGAACGACCAUACUAUGACCUGACAAUCAAAAAUAUCAAUUCUCUAAUCAGAUCCUAUAACCUCAUGGCUCCCGCAGUCGCCCAAAAGCCAUACCUGAAACUUGAGCGGGAAUUACUCUCCUGUUACGCUGACGUCGCGCCCACUCUUUCCGUCGAGCUACGACGGAGAGCAACGGAGAGGUCUCGCGAUUCUAUACGUAAAGUCCCUGAAAAGGGAAGUGAAGGUGGUUUCCUCAAUAUGCUAACCUCAAAGAAAAAUCUAUGCCUUCAUGAGGAGGAACCCUCCAAGCGGUAUGGAUUUAAGCAGUUCUGGCGGGAUCUGUGGAAUCGGAAUAACACAGCAGCCAGCUAA